UACCCGGAGGCUUCAAUCGCUCAAAUGCCAUCAUCACUGAACACACUUCUCACACGAGCAGCUGCUACUCGACCUGCUCAUUGCACCAAAGAUACAUGUCCGGCAUCUUACUCCGUCUACGGGUAUGCCCCAAAUCUCGGCGCCAAUGCCUUCUUCGUCGCUCUUUUCGCCGUUAGCUGCCUAGUCUUCUGCUAUCAAGCCCGAUCAUACCGCAAAUGGCUCGGUUUUUCCAUCGCUAUGAUCCUAGGCACAGCGUUAGAAAGCGUUGGCUAUGCUUCUCGCCUUAUUCUUUCUAACGAUCCCUUUUCUCCCACUGGCUUCAAACUCAACAUUGUUCUGUUGACCUUCGCCCCAGCCUUUCUCACAGCCGGGAUAUACCUCCUACUCAAGCAACUAACACUAUCUCUUCAACCACGGCUUUCACCACUAAAGCCAUCUCUCUAUACACCGAUCUUCGUAUCCUGCGAUCUACUAGCCAUCAUCCUGCAAGGCGCAGGCGGAGCCCUCUCAGCCGCCGCAUCCAACGGCACAAACAAAAAACUACUAGAUCUAGGCGUGGAUGUCAUGAUCGCAGGACUCAGCAGCCAAGUAGUCACACUAGCCAUCUUUGCAGUCCUGGCAGCUAUCUUNUUUCUUAGGAUAUCUAGGGCGAAAGAGAGAUUGUCACCUGCUGCCGGUCAUCUAUGGCAAGCAACGAGUUUUCGCUUGUUUGUUGGCUCUGCGGUCAUGGCUUUCACGCUCAUCUUCAUCAGAUGUGCGUAUCGAAUUGCCGAGCUCAAAGAUGGGUGGGGCAGUCCCAUUAUGAGAAGAGAGGAAGAGUUUAUUGUGCUGGAUUCUGUUAUGAUUUCUGUAGCUGCGGUGUUGCUUAACAUCUUCCAUCCUGGCAGAUGCUUCAAUCAGAAUCUGCAGGAUACUUCAGUGGACCUGUCAACAAUAGAUCGCGAGGAGGCAGACGAGGAAGUUACUAUUAACAUGCAGUCUAAAGCACAUGUAUGA